AGAUGCGGAUGCGGAACUUGGCCAUCAUACGUGCUCUGUGCUUUUCUUUGUCUGGAAUUCUGUGAUGCAUUUCGCAAACAAGGAGUGGCAGUACGAGGUAUUCUGAAGUGUGGCACCGAGCCUGCCGCCAAUAGUAAAGUUCGUAUAGUUGACAUCGACUAUGGAAUCGAUCCAGACGAUACUUUGGAUGAGCAGCGAACAAACCAGCUGGGCAUGUUCUCAGUAACAGGAACGACGCGUGAAUUGACCCCAAUCGACCCAGUUCUUUACAUAUGGCACGAAUGCCGUGAUGAGAAAAAUGCAUGCUCUCGGAAGCUGAAAUUCAUAAUUCCGAAAAAAUUUAUCCACAAUGGCAAAUGUAAUUGUGCACGCGUCCAGAACAAUGGCUAG